CUUUGUCUCCUGUUAUUUUUCACAUAAAGAGAAGAAUUGUUGAGAAUUGGUUUACAUUCGGUUUGAUGUCUCCUAGCUUAGGAGAGUGUUUGCAAAAGCUUUCAACUUGGAUUUGUGACAAGUGUAACUCAGGUGCUUUUGAUGAGUAGGUCGUUAAUCUGGUUCUUUACUCACGGCAUUCAAGCAGUCACUGCAACUUUGAUAUGGAUGUCAUUUCCUUCGAUUUAAGGCAGAUGCUUCAAUAAUCAAAUUCAUGAAAUGCCAAAGCCAAUUGAUGGCUCUUGUAUAUAGAACUGUAGAUUGGUCCUAAAUCGAGAUUUGAUUGGCCGUCAAUUAGCUGGUCAAAUGUUCUCAAGGUCAGGCUGCAAAUGCAAUUAGUCGGCCAAAGAGGUCUGUUGACUGGCAUGGGACAAAUUUCUAUGCAAGUAGUCAAAAGUGAAGGCCUCAGGGCUUUGUAUCUGGGAUUGACACCUGCUUUAAUGAGGUCAGUUCUUUAUGGAGGUCUCCGUUUAGGCUUAUAUUCAAAAUAUGUGCGUGAAUUGGCUUUUGAGUCCCACAAUGUCUUGAUGAAGAUUGCAUCUGGAGCAUUCUCUGGCGCUGUUGCAACAGCACUUACCAAUCCAGUGGAAGUGUUGAAGGUACGGUUGCAGAUGAGAGGAACAAACUCUCGCGGGCCAAUCCAGGAACUGCAAAAAAUUGCUUCAGAAGAAGGCAUGGCAGCCCUAUGGAAGGGGCUUGGUCCUGCAAUGACUAGAGCUGCUGCAUUGACUGCAUCACAGCUGGCAACGUAUGAUCAAUCCAAGCAGAUGUUGAUGAAAUGGACUUCUCUUCAGGAAGGAUUUUAUCUGCAUCUCACUGCAAGUUCUAUAGCUGGCACUGUGAGCACCAUCAUGACUGCACCGAUUGAUAUGGUUAAAACAAGACUUAUGCUGCAACGACAAUCUCAAAGUGCUGGAAGCUAUAAAAAUGGCAUCCACUGUGCCUACCAGGUUCUGCAAACUGAAGGUCCUCGUGGUCUUUACAAAGGGGGCUUCUCAAUGUUUGCAAGACUGGGUCCGCAAACAACCAUUACCUUCAUAGUCUGCGAGCAGCUGCGCGGACUUGCAGGACUCAAUGCGCUCUAACUCGUUCCUGGAUUUACACAUGAUUCAAUAACUGAAGAUGGAUAUACAUUUUUGAGGUAUAAGUCAGCCCAACCUGUGUUUGGAAUUGGUAUAUUGAUUUAUAAAAUGUUAUAAAUCUUUCCUUGAUUGGUGCUACUUGUAGUUAGGGGGACAGUCUGUAUUAUGGGGUAUUAUCUGAUUGUGGGGCCAUUUUUAGGCGUGUUGUUGUAUUCAUUGUAACGAUGGUGAAAAUGACUAUUUUUCGAGGUAAAAAUAAUAAAAUGGUGUUUGUUUCUCCU